AUGGCUCCUGAACCAUUCUUUAACAAGAGACAACGUUUAAAUCCUGUAGACCAAAAUGAUCACCUUAAACCAUGGGUUGAGAAAUAUAGGCCAAAGAAGCUAGACGAUGUUGCUGCUCAAAAACACGCAGUAACCGUUUUGAAGAGAACUCUACAGUCUGCUAAUCUUCCACAUAUGCUGUUUUAUGGGCCUCCUGGUACUGGUAAAACUUCAACGAUCUUGGCUCUUACUAAGGAGUUAUUUGGCCCUGAAUUAAUGAAGAGUAGAGUGCUGGAACUUAACGCUUCUGAUGAACGUGGUAUUUCAAUUGUUAGGGAGAAAGUCAAAAACUUUGCAAGAUUAACUGUAACAAAUCCUACUAAAGAAGACCUAGAGCGCUAUCCAUGUCCUCCAUAUAAGAUUAUUAUUUUGGACGAGGCAGAUUCGAUGACUGCAGAUGCUCAAAGUGCAUUGCGUAGAACUAUGGAGACCUAUUCGACAGUAACAAGGUUCUGUUUGAUUUGUAACUACGUUACACGUAUUAUAGAUCCAUUAACCUCGAGAUGUUCUAAGUUCAGAUUUAAGCCUCUAGAUGAAACAAAUGCGCUGUCACGUUUACAGUAUAUCGCAAAGGAAGAAGGAUUGACAUGUUCUGACAAAGCUUUAGUAAAAACUCUGGAUAUUGCGGAGGGUGAUUUGAGAAGAGCCAUCACGUUAUUACAGUCUGCUGCGAAGGCUAUUUCGUUUUCUGACUCGAAAGAAAUUACUAGUCGACAGAUAGAAGAAUUGGCUGGUGUUGUGCCAGAUGAAAUACUAAUGCAAUUGAUUGAUAAGGUAAAUUCCAAGAACUUGGACGAUAUAAUCAAAUAUGUGAAUGACUUCAUUAAGAGCGGUUGGAGUGCAUCCUCGGUUAUUGCACAGCUACAUGAUUAUUACGUCAACAAUAACGAGUUAGGGACCAAGUUCAAGAACGAAGUAUUUAAACUACUAUUUGAGACUGACAGCAGGUUAACACACGGUACAAAUGAACACCUGCAACUCCUCAACCUUGUAAUGAAGAUUUCCCAGCUUUAA